AUGAUGCAGGCGGCUGCCAGGGAGCGUCCAGCCGGCAGCAUGACCAUCAAACACACGCAGAAGCGCAAGGGAGCGCAAGCUGCAGCGGCUGAGACAGACGCGUCAGCACUGGACCGUGCAGUUGCCAACUGCCUGUGCUGCGGCAAGGUGUACAUGUGCCGCGAGACCACAAACGACGCCAGCCUCUUUGUCGAGUCUGGGGGCGUGUGCACAUUCUGUGGCGCCAAGGUUGCCCUGAGCUCACAGGAGAGCAGCCAUGCGCGGCCACCUUAUGCAGAACGCGUGGCUGCACCUGCUUCCCAAGAGCAGCCCGCCAGCAGCGCGCUAGCUGGCUCUGCUGUAGAUGAUAGCGCUGCUGAGGCGGUUGCGCUCAAGAAUAGGCUGGUGGACUAUGACCGGAAUGCGGCCAAGCGCACGACAGUCGUGGACGAUCAGAGUGAUUUCUUUGAGAUCGACUCCAAUGCAUGGCUGUCUGAUGAGGAGAGGCAGCAGCUGAAGGAGCGGCAAAGGGCAAUAGAGGAAGCUGAGCAGUCGCGGCGCAGAGCUGUCACAGUCACCUUUGACCUGCUAGGUCGCCAGGUGAUAUUGACAGGGGAUGAGCAACCGGUCUCCACCAGUGACACCGAAGCAAGCAGUGCAGCUGGCCCUUUCGCUGCAGCUAACACCUCUGCGCAGCCGCCGCAGAGUGUGGGCCCAAGCGCCCAUACAGGAGUUGAUGAGGACAGGCAUGUGCAGGACACCCCAAGAGUACUGCGCAUCCGUCCCAACCCCACACUGCAUGGCCCCGCACCGGUCUUCAUGCGUCGCACCAAUGGCCCUGGGAAAGGUGUAGCACAGCCUUCGGGAAGGCAGCAACGACCCAGCAAUGGGCAGCUGCAAAACAGUGGUGCUGGCCGCCUGCAGCAUGAUGAUGCGUUUGUUGCAAGUUUUGGUGCUCUUAGUGUUUCAAGCUGA